UGUUCAGAAGGUCAAGGCUGCCAAUAAAGCCCUUGAUGAGAGGUCCUACAGAAUUCACCCCGGUACGCUCAAAUUUACCAGUCUGACAGAUCAGAUGAACAUGGUUUUGGCCAUGAACAACACAAAACUACAAAAUAAAGCUGCCUAUAAAGCCUCUGGAGAGAAGUUUAUGCACACGUACAAUCUACCAGCUGAUGCCCAGAGUUCCUGCAGGCCAAUAUAAUGCCCAGACUGUGAGUGAGUCACGCUACAAGGCACAGUGGCUUGUGGACAUUGCUAAAGGCUAUGACAUGAAAGCUGAUGCUAUUUCCAUUGUUGCUGCUAAACAAGGAAGACACAUUGCCAGCAACUACCAAUACAAAAAAGCAUAUGAGAAAGCAAAAGGCCACCAUGUUGGCUUCCGUAGUCUCCCAGGACGACCCCUUGCUGGUGCACUACAUGGAGGUGGCUAAGAUGCAAAGCGAAAAGAACUACAAAAAGGAUUACCACAAGAUCAAGCUGAAGUACCAUACACCUGUGGACAUGUUGAGUGUUGUGCAAGCCAAAAAU